CCAAGUUCGUCCUAGAUGUCUACCCCUCCAGGUGAGGGCGGACUGGUCGUGUUUUGAAUUUGACGGCUGGAAGAAAGGACGUUCAAAUUCAAUGUGAAGAAUCCUAGCGUCAUGGAGACCAGGCAGGAGAGGACUCAGCAAAGCGGGGGAACAGGAAUUUUCUCGCGGACAACACAAGAUUUGAGGGUCCUUCGUGAGCUCUUGGUGCGCGUGAAAGAGACGCAGUAUCGUCCGAACGCAGACGAAUUGAAUGUGCUUUCCUGGUUGAACCGGCAGAUUCUGCUGGGUUAUGUUGGCGGGACGUUUCUGUUCACUCUCCCAGGCGUGCUUGCUUUCCGUUUCUGGCGUCCACAAACCCUUCUCCGCUUCACCGUUUCCUCUGGAGCAGCAUCAGCUGGCCUGGCCUAUGGCGGCUCUCUUGGGUACCCUCUAUUUACCAGAGACAAGCCUACAAAAAAACUCUUGGAACUUGACGGUUCUCCACUGCAAGGAGAGCUUGUUGCAAUCCUGCGUGAGAAGUACCCCAACCAUCCCGCCCUCGCUGCCCUGAACGCGAGACCAAACACGAGCGGAGUCAUGUACGAUGAGAACGGCGAACGAGCGUACCCGCGCCUGCCGCCAGCCCCCGAUAACGGGUCCCAACACGAGCCGAACUUCGGACCGUCGGACCGCGCUCGCACGGCCCAGCGUCCGGAGGGUGAGCCGGCCUCAGGGAGCGGACACAAGGAACGAGAGGAGAGAGGCGGUUUGCGCAAGAGGAUCCGUGCAGAUUUGGAACGGAGGAGGCAGCAGGGGGGGAUUUCGCCGGAGGGGGCAGGUCCAGUUGUGUUGGAGCGACAAGAGGAGAUGUCGGGGACGGGGAGAGGGGAAGGGAUGGGGUGGGAGAGGGAGCACCGCAUGGCACGAAGGGAAGAUGGUGGGAGUGAGUCGUCUCGGGUGAAUGUCCCCGCACAAGGGCGGCCGGAGCUGCGAAGACACACCGAGGUCACGGCCGAUACAUUCUUUUCUGAACCGCUUGACAUCGCAAUGGGAGGCGAUAUUGCUCCACUCCAGCCUUCAGUACAACAGAGUGACUCGGAGCACCACAAACGGCUAAGUCAGAUGAGUCGACAAGAGAGACGGGAGUACCUCAGGCACAGAGAGCUAGCGUCAAAAAGCAGAGGUUAUUUUGACGACAGGUCGGAUGACUCGACGGCGUCUCAAAGCGUUGAGCCGCCACAAAACCGACCAGGGAGUCGGAUGCACGGGCCGCCGCCGGUGCGCCUAGGGGUGGCAGAUGGGUUUGGUGUCUUGGGUUGGAAGUUUUGAAUCUGAGAUUGUCAGCCGGGGGAUCGAAAUCUAUUCUGCAAGAGAUGGUCAGCUGCCGGCCGUUUCCUUAAGGGGGCCGGAAUCUGAAGACUUUUUUAACAGAGCUAUGACCAUCAAUCUUUCUGCACGAUUACUCGUAGAUAAACGUCAGAUGGUACGACCACUGCAAGCUGGUGUCAGUGACAAUCCUUGUGCAAUUCAGUGCUUGUGCCAAGCCCAAUGUCAAACCUGAUGUGAAGCCGAGGAUAGGUCUG